AUGAGAAAGUGGUUUCCAAAAGAUAAUGAAGAAAAGACAGUGAUAGCACAUCAUUUUGAACAAAUAUCCGGUUUUCCUGGAGUAUUAGGUUGCAUCGGAAGCACCUACAUUCCUAUUCGAGCACCAGCGAAUAAAAAUAAAUCUAGCUAUGUUAAUCACCAGCAACAAAUUUCUAUAACGUUACAAGGCAUCUGCGAUGCAAAUGGAGUAUUUUUGGAUGUUUUCACUGGCCCACCAAGCAGAAUUCAUGAUGCCAGUGUCUACAGGCUUUCUUUUGUCUACCAAAGACUGCCUGAACUUUGUUCGGGUGAUGUUCACCUGAUUGGCGAUGAAACCUACCCGUUAUUUGAUCACAUGCUAGUACCUUACCGGGAGCCAAACGAUCAAACAAGCAUAAACUAUAACAGCGCUUUGCAACUAUCUCGACAACCAGUAGAAAAAUCUUUCCUCUUGGGAUGGGACUGCCAUCUAGGAUCUAGCGAUAAAUGA